ACAGUAGCGCAGUAAAUAGAGAGUGGGUGUGUUGAACAGUCAGGGUUGUUGGUAUAAAAGCUGCCCCUCUCUCAUAUGUGUUCCCAUUUCUUUGGUGAGCAUUUUUUUCAGAACAAGGGGCUAGAGUGUGUGAGUGUGCAUCCAGAGGGCAAGAGGACAGUGUUUUGGUGACCUUGAGGUGCAGAGGACUGAUAACCCCUCAGGAUGGAUCCGCUGCCUGUGGUGACCUUAGCCGUGGUGGCACUCUGCUUUCUAGGGAGUGUGGAUUCCUCAGCUUAUGACAAAAUAGUCACCCACAGCCGCAUACGGGCCAGGAAUGAAGGGCCCAACGUCUGUGCUCUGCAGCAAGUUGUGGGAACCAAGAAAAAGUACUUCAGCACAUGUAGAAACUGGUACAAACAAUCCAUCUGUGGCAAAAAGGCUACUGUCUUAUAUGAAUGUUGCCCUGGCUACAUGAAGCUGAAUGGGAUGAGAGGAUGCCCUGCGGUGGCUCCAAUAGACAAUGUAUAUAAUACUUUGGAGCUUGUAAAGGCUACAACCACACAACGAUACUCUGAUAUGUCAAAUUUAAGAAAGGAAAUCGAGGGGCCGGGCGCCUUCACCGUGUUUGCACCCAGCGAUGAUGCUUGGGAAGAACUAAGCCCUACUGCACGGUCGGCAUUGGAGAGUAAUGUAAAUGUCGAGCUUCACAACGCACUUCAGUAUCACAUGGUGAAUCACCGCCUGAUGACCAAAGACAUGAAGAAUGGAAUCACUGUCACUUCAAUGUACAAUAACCAGGGGAUCAAUAUCAACCACUACCCUAAUGGGAUUGUGACUGUGAACUGUGCCAGGAUCAUCCAUGGUAACCAGAUGGCUACAAAUGGUGUGGUGCACGUCAUUGAUCGUGUGAUCAGCGCUACGACUAGCACCAUCAAAGAAUUUCUGGAUACUGAUGAGUCGCUUGACGAAUUUAAUAAUAUAGCUACAAUUGCUGGUCUUAUGGACAAGUUGGACAAGCCUGGUCACUUUACUUUGUUUGCCCCAACGAAUGAAGCUUUUACCAAGCUGCCGCCAGGCUUUAUGGAGAGUAUCUAUGAAAAUGAGCCGGUCAUUAAAGCGCUGGUGAACUACCACUUGUUGAACAGCGUACAGUGUGCAGAAGCAAUCAUGGCAGGGUCUUUCUAUGAGACCGAAGAGGGCAGCACCAUAGAGAUCGGGUGUGACGGCGAUAGUCUGACUGUAAACGGCAUCAAGAUGGUGCUGAAAAAAGACAUUGUUGCCUCCAAUGGAGUUAUUCACCUCAUAGACCAGGUGCUCAUCCCCGAUUCAGCCAAAGAAGUGAGGGAACUGAUGGGAAAAUCCCAGAGCACCUUCAGCGACUUGGUGUCUGAAAUGGGUUUAACUAGUUCCCUGAGUUCGGAGACACAGUAUACACUUCUGGCUCCACUGAACUAUGCCUUUACAGAGGAGGUGAUGGCGCAGGAUGAGAGCUACCUGAAACUCAUUCUGGAAAACCACAUGCUCAACCUCAAAAUCUCGCUGAGGGAGCUUUACAACGGACAGCUGCUGGAAACACUUUCUGGCAAACUGCUGAGAGUCUUCAUUUAUCGCACUGCCGUGUGCAUAGAAAGUGCAUGUAUGGUGAAAGGCAGUAAAGAAGGAAUGAACGGGGCUCUUCAUCUCAUGAGUUCGCUGAUCAGUCCAGCAGACAAAACAAUGUUUGAACUCCUGGAUGCUGAUGGAAGAUUCAAGACGUUCUUGUCACUGAUGGAAACAGCAGGCCUGGAAGAUCUGCUGAGGCAGACUGGCUCCUACACCAUUUUUGCACCAACUGAUGAAGCAUUUGAAGUCCUCAGUAAAGAGGACUUGGAUUUGCUUAAAAGUGAUCUAAAUGCUUUGAGAACCAUUCUUCUGUACCACUUCAGUGAGGGCAUCUUCAUCAAUGGAGGACUGGAACCAAAAGUGACCAAUCUGCUGAAAAGCCUGCAGGGCAAAAACCUCCAAGUUAAAUCUGAAAACAAUUCUAUCCAUGUCAACUCAGUGGAGGUGCCAGACAGUGAUCUGAUGGCCACAAAUGGUGUCAUCCAUGUGGUAAAAAAUGUUCUCUAUCCAGCAGACCUUCCUGUGGGCAGUCAGGACCUCCUAAUGGUGCUGCAAAAGCUGAUUAAGUAUAUUGAGAUAAAGUUUGUCUCUGGAUUCACUUACACUGAGAUCCCUCUCACCUUCAUCAGGAGGAUCAUCACAACUACUCGUUUAAUUGAAGGUCCAAAAACAAAGACAACAAUCAUUGAGGAACAGCCAUCAGUUACAACGUUUACCAGAGUCAUCGAAGGAAAGCCAACCAUGAAACAAGUGACAAGAGUGAUAAAAACAGAAUCAACUGUGCCCAAGGUGGUUGUUGAGGGGGAUCAGUCCACCAAAAAAGUAACCAGGGUCAUCAACCGACCGCCUACAGGCAGCAAGUUUACAAGAAUUAUUGGGGGUGGAGAAGCUAGAACAAAUAGGAGGACAGAAACAGGUGUAGCCACAAUCACCACUGUGAAAGAGCCUCAGAUCAUUGCGGUCCCAGAUUUUUCAAAGCUCACCAGCAUCAGUGACAAUCCAGCUCUGCUGAAGGAGGAAUCUGGGAAAAUCACCAGACUCAUUCAAGAGGGAGGGGGAUUUGCUGCAGCCAGGAAGGGACCAGCUGGAAUGAGGAGAAGAGUAAGGCUGGUCAAGCGUCAGCACAUGCCAAGGGAGUGAUGUGAAAAAGAAGAAUGCAUGCACAGUGCUCCUGGUUGAGCCCUGGUUAAAUUGUGGACUAAUACAGAUUAAUCAAAUCAAUCUAGCAAUUUCUUUGUCUUAACCUCUAAAUCUGGUGUGGUUGGCGUAAUGUGUUAUAGUUUUGUCGUAAAACUAAAAUACUUUGCAUUGUAGUGAUUAUUGCUCUGAAAGCCAUAUCUGAGACAUUAAGAGUGGGAUAAACUGGGGUAAAAAUAAUUUUUUAAACUUUUUAUCUAGUGAAUGGAUAUCUUAGGAAGAAUUUUGGGACGUUUGUAAUGGGUUUUGUAUAAAAUUAUGCUUUUAAUAUCAUGACAAACAGUGUUUUGAUAUCAACAUGCUGUUCUCCAAGCGGUAGUUAAAAACUAACUUGAUUUUGAGUGUUUGUGAAACCUUUUAUUUUGAAAACCAAACUUUCUCUUGGCUGUGACCUAAUACAUUUGUAAAUACAAUUCAUUUCUAGAAGUCAAGGAAACAGACAUUGUUUUGUUUGUUUGUUCUAUGCAAUAUUAAAGCUGUUUUCAGUUCAGUAAACAUGUUCUCACAUUAUAAAGAUAUUGCCUGAAA